GCGUAGCGUACUUUCACAAUCAGCAGAUUUUAAAUCACUUUUGUAUCAGCAGCGGCGAUACACCGGAGGCGGCCGGCGCAGCAGCAGCAACAGUAGCAGCAGCAGCAGCAGCAACUGCAACAGCAGCAGCAGCAGCAGCACAAGCAGCAGCCGCAGCACAGGCCACCGGCGCCACAUCGACAGCAGCAGCAGCAGCAGCAGCAGAGGGAUGGGGCUGAAGCCGGAGGAAGAGAAGGAGAAUGCGCCGUGCAGCUGCAGUCGCAGAAACCGCAGCAGCAACAGCAGCAACAGCAGCAACGGCAGCAGCAGCAGCAAUAGCAGCAAAGACAUCGAAAGCCCCAAACAAACGGCAGCGUCAGCUGCGGGUGCAUCAGGCCUCAGCACCGGUGAAAGUAGCCAAGCUGCAGCAGCAGCAGCAGCAACCGGAAGUGCAGCAGCAGUUGCAGCAGGAAGCAGCGGCCGCAGCAAGCGAGUACGCUGCAUGCGAUCUGCAGCAACAGCAGCAGCAGCAGCAGCGCCUGCUAUUGCGGAUACACCACAGAAGGGAAGGCUUCAAAGGCAGCCAGCCGUCACCUCUCAAUUAUGCAGCAGCAGCAGCAGCACGAGCAGCUUAGACGCAUGUAGCAGCAGCAGCAGAAGACGCAAGUGCAACAGCAGCAGCAGCAGCAGCGCAAGUGUUACCCACAUGAGGCAAACCAGGCGUGCUGCAGCAGCAGCAGCAGCUGCUGCUGCUGCUGCUGCACCCCAGGAAGCGGCAGCUUCAGCAGCAGCAACACCCCAGAAAGCAGCAGCAGCUGGGCAACAGGAAGCAGCAGCAGCAGCAACAACAGAUCCUUCUUUUUCAUGCAGAGAUGUUUCAUUGGGCGGCGCCGAACAGCCACAAGGAGCAAGAGCCGCUAACCAGUGCAGCAGCAGCAGCAGCAGCAAAACUGAGCAAGACUCGGGCAAGCACAGCACCUCCAGCAGCAGCAGCAGCAGCAGCAGGGAAGAGAUGAGCAGCGCCGCUGCAGCAUCGUGUGAUGACGGUGAUGGAGCAGCUCAAAGCAGCAGCAGCAGCAGCAGCAGCCAUGAAUGCAGUAGCAGCAGCAGCAGCAGCCGUGAAUGCAGCGGCAGCAGCCAUGAGUGCAGCAAGAGCAGCAGCAGCAGCAGCCAUGAGUGCAGCACCAGGAGCAGCAGCAGCCAUGAGUGCAGCAGCAGCAGCAGCAGCAGCCAUGAGUGCAGCAGCAGCCAUGAGUGCAGCAGGAGCAGCAGCAGCAGCCAUGAGUGCAGCAGCAGCAGCAACAGCAGCACACGUACGACGUGUGCUUCCUCAGCACCAUGUGACAUGUGCCCUUCUUGCUUCCCUCCUUUUGACUUCUCACCUCCUUUGCUGCUGAAGCAGCAGCAGCGCUGCUUCAGGCGCAGCAGCAGCCAGCAGCACCCGAGCAUCAGCAGCAGCAGCAGCAGCAGCCAGCAGCAGCACGAUUUGCAGCAGCAGGCUUGGUCCCCGUGUCCCUCCCCUUUGUUUCAGCGACCGCGCCCUAGCUAUAACUGCAGCGGGCGCAGCAGCAGCAGCAGCUUGUUUGCUGCGGGAUUCUCUCUUGCUGCACCUCAGCUGCCUCCUGUUGAUCUGUGGCUGUCUCUGUCUCCGAGGGGCCCCUCAUUAGAUCGCAGCAGCAGCCAGCUGUCUUGCUGCAGCACCAUGUCUCUAGCAGUUGCACGCCCGGUAUACCCACAGCAGCAGCAGCAGCAGCAGCAGCAAAUGCAGCAGCAGCAGCAGCAGCAGCAGCAGCACAGGGCUAGUGAGGCACCUAUGCAGGGAUGCUGCUGCAGCGGAUGGGACCCCUUCGGCAGCAGCAGCUGCAGCAGCAAACGUAAAAUGAUGCCUUGCUGCAGCAGUCUGCAGCAGCAGCAGCAGCAGCAGCAUCUACCGCAGUCUUCUCCCAUAGUUCGCAGGGCACGAAGGCUCUCAGAUGAUAGCUGCUACAGCAGCAGCAGCAGUAGCAGCAGCAGCCGCUGCUGCAGCAGUUGCAGCAGUUGCUGCUGCGGGGCCUCAGGAGUAGCCGGCUCAGUGCUGCUCACUGCAGCGCAGCAGCAGCAGCAGCAGCAGCAGCAGCUAAGCGAUGCAGCGAGCGCAAGAGAAAUGAGCAGCAGCAUUUACAGCAGCAGCAGCAGCAGCAGCAAAAGUUGCAGCAGCAGCCGCAGCAGACAGCUCGGAAGGGAAGCGCGAUUAGGGGGCUCCAAAACAGCAAUGGCCUAG